AUGGCGCCGACAGCGCAGCCCCAUGACGCUGGCAGGCUUCAUUUCCAGUCAGGCUGGGAGGGUGAGUUGCAGAAGUUGCAGGCAGAAGUGUCUCAUUUCCAACAUGCUGGAUCCGGGCAGUUGGGGUCGCCUCAAAAGCCACAGCGGCGGAACCUGCGCCCCCUGUGGAAAGGCACCCCCAUCAACAACGCAGAUGCUGGUACAGGCAAGUUGCAGGGGAGUCUCGCCUGGCCCGCACGGCUGCAAAACGCGAAACGAUUUGCUGCACAGCACUGGCGGUGGCAGCGAUUCCGCCCCGGCGUGAAUGAGGAUUCGCUUUGCCGAAGCACUCGGAGGAUCCAAAGGGCUUGGAGAGAGCUUCUGCAGCGCAGGCACCUGGAGCUGGCCAGGCAGCAGCUGCUGCAGCUGGCACCUCCGUCGAAGGUCAAGAUCUCGCCGAUUUUACUGCAAGAUGUGCGUGGGUUGCCACUCGGCGAGAAGAAGUGCGCCGCACCACCAGACGAGGACCUCUGGGAUGAAGCCAUCUUCUCCCACUACCCAUCGGUUGAUGACAUGCUCUCCGAGCGAGUCAAAGAGGACGCUGUUGCAUGCAGGGAGCCGGUGGUGCUCAGCCUCGUCCAGUGCCUACGCAAGUUGGAGCGACAUUUCCAACUCAGGACCCGAGGUUCCGCUCCCUGGCGUCCUCCAUGUGCAGUGGGGGAAUCUGCCCGCCAAAACCUAGAGGAGGUGAUCAGAGCGGCUCUUGACCAAUGCAGAGGAGAUAUCCGCACGGAGCACAUGUUGAUGCCAGCUCUGUGCUCACUUCGGCUCACGGUGGCAAGCAGCUACAUGAAUUGCUUGGAGUUGCAGAGGGCAUCCGCGGUGCUGUCAGAGCUGGAGGUGUCUUUGCAAAGUGCCGGAGAGUUUGACGGUAUGGACAUGCUGAGUCAAAGAAUCGCUUCGAGAGCUACACUGCUGCGCAGCCGUGCAGCCUGGCUUUCAGGCGGUGCCGUCUCAGCUGAGGCAGCUGCCAGAGAUGCAUUGCAGCUGCUACAGGAAUCCCAGGACUGCGUUUUUUGGCCGCCUCAUCCUUGGGAGCUGGCUGCAUGUCAUCGCAUUGCCGCCCUGUCCCUCUGCAGAGUCGGACGGCCCGCACGGGCGUUGGGCGAGCUCCAGGACUUGGGGCGACUUCUGGCCAACAUCCCUGGCUCACUGGCGGAUCUCCUGCGAGAGGAAGUACAGGUGCUUCAGCUUGAGGUUGAGGUGGCAGUAGAUGUUGAUCUCCGCUGUGCGGACAAGGGCAACGUGCAGUCUGCCACUCUGCAGGCCUUCGUUCGGCGGGCCGAUUCGUUGCUGAAAGCCGCGACUCACCUACCCUGUGCAUGUCGGCUCCUUGCGCUGGCUGCCAGGCUUCUCCUUUUAGCGGAGAUGCCGUGGUAUGUGGCAAGCGGAGCACGUGCGGAGGCUUUGGAGGACGCCUCGGACCGGCUAGAUGAAGCUAGCCAGGUGGAGCCGCACAGAGUUCUUGCCGCUCAGGCGGUGUGUGCGGCGCUGAAAGGCGAUGUGUCAGGCGCUCAAGCUGCUGCAUCGCUUUGGGCGGAGUCGCAGGACAGCGUUCCGGCGCGGCGUUUGGUCGCUGAACUGCAGCAGGCGACGCCGUCACGACGAGCACUGUCACAGGUUAUGGUUGUCUGCUUGGCACAAGGGGUCUGCACGCCCUCAGCUGAGCCAAGCCAGUGA